GAACCGGAAGACCCUUAACCGUGUGAUUUUGUUGUGGGUGACACUUUUCCCCGUCCUUCAACAGUAAAAAUGUACUACAAAUUCAGCGGGAUUACCCAGAAACUGACGGGAUCUGCUCCUACGGCCGCUUACAACCCUCAGGGGUUGAGGCCUGGUGUGCCAGCAGAGCCCCCGACCAUGACGUUUGCCUCACCCACCAAGCUGGUGUCAGAGGCCGGGCCCGCGGUGGAGUACAUGGGAGCAAACAGGGUUCCUGAGCUCCAGAAAUAUUUCCAGACAUCAGACGGCGUCCCCGUUCAUCUGAAGCGCGGCGUUCCCGACAGGCUACUGUACCGCACCACCAUGGCUCUCACCGUAGGAGGCGCUCUCUACUGCAUGGUGGCUCUUUACAUCGCAGCCCAGCCCACCAACAAGUGACCAGCACAAAACCCGGGAUCUCUCUACAACACCUCGGACACAUCGCUGCUGUAAUUCAUGGACCCAACAUUCCCAAUCUCCAUCUGCCCUCGAUACACCACCUCCUGGGACUCUUAGAGGAGAAUUAAUGGCUGUCAGAACACCACACCAAUCAUAACAGAAAUAUUGUCUAUCUUCUUUGUCAAAAAGAUGUCUAAGUUAAUAAAUUUUAAGGGGAAACAAA